AUGUCUGGUGCAGAGGCAGCAUUGGUCCUCGGCGUGAUCUCUUCGGUCAUCGCGAUCGUUGAUGGAGCUAAGAAAGUCUACGAUGCGGCUGCCGAUGCCCAUGGCCUUCCCAAGGCCUUUGCGGAGGUAGCGGGACGGCUGCCGAUCGUCAAGGAGAUUCUCCGUGUGGCCGAACAACAUAUCAGGAACGAAGACGUGGGCAGGCAGUCGUGCCAGGCGAUGGAACCGAUCGUCAAAGCGUGUGAGGCGAAAGCCAAGAAGCUGGAUGUGCUCUUCCAGAAAGUCCUCCCCCCAGACGGCGCCUCCAGAGCGGAGCGGUACCUGAAGGCUCUGAGGACACUAGGAAAGGGCAAUCGGGUGGAGCUGUUGAUGAAAGGGAUGUUGGAGGAUGUGCAGCUUCUAGCGAGCGAGCGGGGCAUGAAGACAGUAACUACGAUUGAGCUGGACCAGAUAACCAACGCGAUCAGAGAAGUAUCAGCACUUCCACCGUCUAUCGACGAGCAUUUGCUCAGCGAUCCCGCGUUCAGUAAUAUCAACCAGGGUCCGGGGACGCAGACCAAUUACCAGGCGCAAGGGGACCAAUACAUUAAUCCUGGCGCGGGGAAGCAGUAUAAUGCUCAAACUAUGAGCUUUGGCAGUAAUGCGCAAAUGGAAAAGGCCCUGUUUUAUGUGAAGACAAUGAAUCUAUACUCGUCUUCUAUUUUAAAUGAUCGUGAACUGCGGGAGGCUUGCGAGAAAGGUGAAAUCCUCGUCACUGUAGUGUGGUUCCUAGAAGAACUGACCAUGCCUCAGCUGCAUUACGUCUCGAGCAAGUUGAAAAGGCUGCUUAUCUAUCCACGAGUGAACAAGUCACUUGCGUUCCCUCAGCUCGGUCUUCGCCAGCGGCGCAUCAAGAGAGCUCAAGCCGAUACAUGCGGAUGGUUUUUAAACGACAAAAGGUAUCUCGCGUGGCUCGAAAGAGAGAACCUCGAUGACCACUUUGGGCUGGUUUGGGUCAAGGGCGGCGUAGGUACAGGAAAAAGCACCUUGAUGAAUGAGGCUUACCUGGCCGCUUGUACGCGGGAAACGUCUUCUAUAGUAGCCGGAUACUUUGCCUCGCGAAUCGGAGACUUGCUAGAAAAGUCCACUCAAGGCCUUAUCAGAACGGUCUUGCUCCAAAUCCUUCCAAAGCAUCGAGUAAUGUUGGCAGACCUCGUCCACAUCUACGAGACCAGGAGAGCCCAGCAGGGUACGUCCUGGCAAUGGACCACCGAAGAGCUCUUGGGGUUUAUGGAGGUGCAUCUGAUCAAGACCGGGGGCACUACUUUCUACAUUUUUGUUGACGGUCUCGACGAAUGCGCAGAGGAUGAUGCCAGAGAUUUAGUCAGCUACUUUAGGAAGUUGACGCUGUCCGCCGCUGCAUCUGGAGGGAAUGUCAACGUCUGUCUUUCCAGCAGAUAUUAUCCGAACAUCGCCGCGUCGCUGUGUCCGGAGAUCAUGGUCGAAUCCGAAAACGAGGCAGACAUCCGUCACUAUGUUAAUGCAUGGCUGUUCAAAGACCGAGAAUUCGACCCUGUCACGAAAAAAAGCUUUGCCACAGAUAUUAUCCGAAGCGCUUCUGGAAUCUUCCUCUGGGCGUCGCUAGUUGUUGCACAAUUGAAUGAGGAUUGGGACAAAGGGAGAUCGGAGCAGACCAUGAGGGACAGGGUUCGGCAAUGCCCUGGGAAAAUCAACGAAAAAUAUGCCAAGCUCUUCGAAGAAGUUCUGGACGAGGAUGUGGACGAAACCUACCGCUUUUGGAGGUGCAUGAUCUUCGCGGCGCGACCAUUGAACUUGGCCGAGUUUCGGCAUCUGUUCACCUUCAGUGUCCAGUCUCCUCCAAAGUCACUUGCUGAGUGGGCAGCAUCCGAGGGACAAGCUGUCACGGACGACAACAGGCUGAUACGGUAUAUCAAUACACUCUCCAGAGGGCUCGUGGAGGUGCGGCUAAAACCAGCCCCUCUCAGACGGGUCGCAACACGGACGGCUGUGCCACUGGAUGAACCAUUAUCUCGAGAGGUAUCUGAAGCCAAGGAUGAUUCAUUGGUCGACGACACAGAGGCCCGUCUGGACACGGACAUUGAGGAGCCCAAUGCGAGUCCACAAGAACAUGAGCAAUGGGACACAUCUUCAGGUCAAGUUACGCCACCUCUGGGUACCUCGGAUCAAAAUGGGGGGGAAGGGAGGACAGAAGAAGACUCUGGAGCAGAGGAAGGGGGACCAGAAGACGAGGAAAGAGUAGAGGAGCAAGCUCUCCAAGGCUUUGACUGGACUCAACUUCUCCAGCUCGUUGACUGGGAGCGUGGCAUACAGUUCCACGUCACUGCGGACCUUGAUCCGCAGACACUUGACAGUGGUUCCAACAGCCUGUGGCGGAUGUUUUUGGACGGGUCAUGGGAACCAGUGCCUCUCGACCGCUGCGACCCUCGGAAUUACAUCCUGGAAACCGUUCACAAUUCGGUUCGCGAUUUUUUUACUGAAAAGAAUGGAUUCGGCUUCUUGGACGGGCAGACGGCUAGCAAUUACGCUGGACAAGGACACUGUGCACUUGCCAAAGCUUGCUAUACGUAUCUCAACGUGAACGAGCUGCAAUUGCUUCCGCAAAUGGUCCAGGGUCACUUGGGAAUGUUGAACUUUCCAGAACUUGAGGAACUUGUGGACACGGGGAAAUUAAGUUUCACGCCGUACGCGUAUGAGUUUCUUGGCUAUCAUGCAAGAAGCGCAGAGGCGUCCGGGAUGACCGUGGACUUUCUCCUUUCCUCCCCUCUCACGAAGACAACCGGUCUGGUCGGCCAAUGGGGCUGUUUACCGGGAAGCCCUACGGCAUUGGACCAUAUUGGGAUCCGAACAGACUGCAGCCACUAUGCCACUCGCCUCCAUUUCCUUUGCGGUGAAGGCUUGUUUCGCACCACAGAGGAUUACCUCCAGGGAACCCCGAUCACGGUCGAGAGCCUCGAAGCCCGUGACCGACAGGGAAAAACGCCCCUAUACUACGCUCUACGCAGAGCCAGGCUCUUCAAAUCAGACAGCGAACUGGCCAAUUUUGCCGGUGUGCUCAUACAACACGGAGCUAACCCCAACAUGAAGACACAUGGGGAGGAGACUUUAUUGGUCGUUGCGGUCCAGGGGAAAUUGCGCGAAUGCAUAAAUGUUCUGAUAAAAGCUGGUGCAGAUGUGAAUAUGCCAGGUGAGUGGGACAAGACGCCUCUCGAGGAGGCCGUGGGUGAAGGGUCGAAGGACUUGGAAAUCAUCAAACUGCUCUUGCACUAUGGCGCAAAUCCGGUGAGGCGUGGCCGGCUGUAUUGGCUGCGGCACGUUCAUGACAUGUUCCGCGGCUUCUAUGGUUGCGCGCUGUCCGAUAGCGUUUUUAUUUCUUCACCCGCUGUUAUUGAGCUUCUUUUGAGACACGUGCUGCCAAAUCAACUAGAGGCGAAAGAUGCAGAGCAGCUGAUCGAGACGGCUUUGGAGCGGGGGAGGUACGACUGCUUGAUUGUCUUCCUUACGUCCUCUCCCACUCGGAAGGCGAUGACAAUGAAAAGCAUUGCGUCACUGAGACAAUCCCUGGCAAGCCAGAAAGGGAUAGUAGAAAGAGGAGAAAGGUGGGCGCCACCUAAGAUCUACGGUGUCAGAAUUGGGGCUUCUGUUCCAAAUACCUUCAAUGGAAACGAAGCAAAAGAGCUGAUGAAGCUUUUGGAUGAGAUGACCAACGUGAGCACCACGCUCACGCAACGUCUUCGAUUUAUUCCAGGUGGCUAUGUCGACUGUGGCCAUCAUUCCAUUGAAUCAGUAUCUCUCAUUGCUCUGAAGAUACGGUACCCGAAACGCAUCACAACCCUUCGUGGGAAUCGUGAAUCUCGCCAGGUCACUCAGGUCUAUGGCUUGUACGACGAAUGUCUCCGUAAAUACGGCAAUGCCAACGUUUGGAUAUAUUGUACAGGUCUCUUCGACUACUUGCCUCUGACCACUCUGAUUGAGAGCCAAAUCCCCUGUCUACAUGGAGGGCUCAGCCCUUCUAUCAGUCAUCUUGAUGACAUUCGCGCAAUAGACCGAGAGCAAGAACCUCCCCAUAGCGGCUCUAUGUGUGAUCUUCUCUGGAGUGACCCCGACGAAAGAGAUGGGUGA